AUGCUCUAUUUUCCAACAAUUACUUGGCUUGUUCUCGUGUUUUGCUCUAAAUUCCUUCAAGCGGAUUUGAUCUCAUCAACUACAUCGAAAUCUUUUGUCACUGUUGAGAACAAGCAAGAGGUGAAUCUGCAGUCACCUACAGGUCUAUUAUCAUCCUACCAAUCUUUUUCGCCAUCGUUGAAGAAAGAACAUGAUUAUGAAAAUGAUUAUGAAGUUGAUGAUGACACAAUACUUGAAACAUUAAAGAGGCUGCGGUAUUCGUUAAUCUAUUUUUACUCAGAUUCGUGUAAAUACUGUCUCCAGUUUAAUCCGACAUUUGAGAAUUUGCAAUCAUUAUACAGUAGCACCGAGGAAAAAGAAUUGCAGAUAUUGAAAUCAAACGGCCGGUUGAACAAAAAAUUGAGUCAAUUGUUUAGUGUUCCCCACUACCCAACAAUUAAGCUACUUAAUUAUAAAACUUCCGAAAUCAAGACUUUUGAUGAAAAACGAGACUUGAGCAAGUUGGUUGAUUUUAUUGUUAGGGAAACUAAAAUCAAUCCCGAUUUCAGUGUGUUGGAUUCGCCAUUUUUAAAGACUUUCAAUAAUGUCGAUACAUUGCUCGCUAGUGACACUGAUAGCGUGCUUAUUUUGACGAUGUCGUAUUUACAUGACUGGAAAGAUGUCGACUACCCAACUCAUUUCAUACAGCAUGUUGCUAGAGACCAUAGUGAUAUCAACUUUUACGUCUUGAAAACGGAUGUAAUGGAAGACUUUGACAUUGCAGAAAAGUUUGGCGUGAGCGGGUUCCCAAGCCUAAUUUACCUUAGAAACAAGCAAUUCAAAGGUUUACACACCGACGCUGAGAGUUUCAAGAGUAACGGAUAUUUGGAUGAGCAAAAGAUUAGGCGAUUUAUAGAAUCAAUUAAAAAUGGUGAAGAAACAAAUUCUGGCUGGAGAGAUUACAAAGAGAGAGUAAGAUCAUCUUUGAAUCAGUCUGAGCACGAGUAUGAAGUUGACCAUAAUGAUGAAGAUGACGAUGAUUAUGAAAUAGAGCAUAUAGAAUUAUAA